AUGGCUAAGAAAGGGAAAGAGAAGGCUCCUGCUCCAACGCCCCCCGCAGCUGGAGUUUCUGGGGCUAAGGCGAAGAAACCUGUGAAGCAGAGUGCGCCACCAAAGGAGGACGACUUCAUCGUUUUUACAAAUUCAGACAAGGAACCCAAACCCAGGAGAAGCCAGAAUGCAGGCGGAUCAGGUAAGAACGGACUCGCUGAGGUAGCGCCAGAGGCAUCAGGACCUCCAAAGCCUACGGCGAAGCAAAUUGUUGGCGGAGCCAGUUGGACAGGGAAGCUUCCAGUCAACCUGUUGUCUGAGCACUGCCAACGACAGAAGUGGGAGAAGCCUAGUUAUGACAACAUGCACAAAAAUGCCGAGGGCUAUUCUUGCUUUGUAACGCUCAGCGCAAAGCAUUCAAAGACGCACGAGAUGCAGACGUUGCCAUCCUUCAAGAUACCUGCUUCUCACAAGCACUUGAUCACGAAACCCACGGCUUUAGAAGCAAGGCAUGCAGCCGCCACAUAUGCUCUGUUUCGUGUAUGUAGCAUGAAGAACAUACAUACCACGUUGCCACCAGAUUACAGAUCUCUUUGGAAAGAGUUCGAGGCCCUUAAAAGGGAGGACGCCAGGAAUGGUCUUGGGUGGCAGUAUGACGCAGAUCCAUUUGCUACUAUGAAGGAGAGAGAAGACGCGAAAGUCACAGCGGAGAAGAAGCGUAAAGAGCAAGACGCUAUCAAGGAGAAGGCCAAGAACAUGCCUGGCGCUGCUGGUUUGGUGCUUCGAAGUAAUGCUGCCAGUUCCGGAGGUGGUGGCUCUAAUCCCAUGAAAGGUUGGACGACAGUACCGAAGAUCGAGAUGGGCCGGAAGACACGCUCUCAACUCGAGGACCUUUUGCGGCGCGAGGUCAUCUGGAAUCCACAUGGUGUUCAAAUGUCAACACCUCAGAAGGAUGCUAUCAUCAAGGAGUUCACAGCUUCAGGCUUCAGAAAGAGUCAUGCUGAGGAAGCAGUCGAUGAGUGUAAGGAUCGUGAAGAGACUUUAGAGUGGCUGCUCAUCCACGUCCCGGAGGACGACUUACCAAAAUGGGCGCUCCCAGAGAGCUACAGUGCUGGUGUUUCCAUCGCUGCGACAUCAGACCUUAAGCGAGAGGCUGCGAUCAAGCGGCUGUCACAAUCAGGCUAUUCCGUCGAGCUUUGUAGAAAAGUCUACGAUGAGAAGGGCGCCGACGAAGGGCUGACCGCAGGUGCUCUCCAGGAAAUCCUGCUGUCUAGUGGCGACGGCACGACUGCAACUGAUGUAGCAGAAGAACCACUGAUCCUUGGGACUCCUGAGGAAUGCUGGGCUGAGGAGAUGGAAAGCUUGGAAGCUGUUUUCGGUGAACAUUACAAGCGCCUUUCUGACGCCAUCUGUCAAAUUCGCAUUGAGUCUGUCAUGAAUGGGCCUAAAAAAGACAUUGAAACUUAUGCGCAGAUUCAACGGUCUCCUGAAUACCCUAAGGAUGUCAUCGUUUCAGUGGUUUCAGAUUUACCAUCCUAUAUCAAGCUAAGCAUCGUCAAAAGAACGCUCGCCUACAUGAACGACUCACUUGGGGAGGAACCAAUGAAGAUCUACUUCCUAGUAGAUUGGCUCCAGCAGAAUAUCAACGGCAUAAUUCAACGGCCUGGAAAGCUUAGAGACAUUUCAGGUGUUAUAUCCACGGCAUCUGAGAUCCGGAGUGUCGUUGGGAAGAUGAAGAAGUCAAGUAGACACCCGGCGCCCCUGAAAUGGAUCGUUGAUACUCGCAACAAGGAUGAAUGGCUAUCAAGGCAAGAAGAGCCUUCUUUGAAACAGAUGAUAGCACAGCGUCAGAAACUUCCAGCAUGGCAGGUCAGGGACAAAAUUGUGCAGACCGUCACACAAAAUCAAGUGACAAUCAUCGCAGGAGAAACGGGUUCUGGAAAGUCCACCCAGUCUGUUCAGUUCAUAUUAGAUGACCUUUAUGCCAGAGGUUUUGGCAGAGCUGCCAACAUCGUCUGCACACAACCUCGUCGAAUCUCGGCUCUGGGUCUAGCUGAUCGUGUUAGCGACGAGCGUUGCGUACAGGUUGGCAAAGAGGUCGGUUACUCCAUCCGAGGAGAGAACAAAGUUAGCAACCAAACGAAGAUCACAUUCGUUACUACAGGUGUUCUACUACGGAGACUACAGACAUCAGGUGGUCGAACUGAGGACGUUGUUGCAUCCUUGGCUGACGUCAGUCAUGUAGUUAUUGACGAAGUCCACGAGCGCAGUUUGGAUACAGACUUUCUUCUGAGCAUCAUUCGAGACGUACUAAAACGAAGGAAAGACUUGAAGUUGGUUCUCAUGAGUGCUACAUUGGAUGCUGCGACCUUCAGGAACUAUUUCACUUCAGAAGGAUUACAGGUUGGCCUGGUUGAGAUCGCUGGUAGAACAUAUCCGGUCGAAGACUAUUAUCUGGACGACAUCAUUCGAAUGACAAAUUUCACUAUCAGCAAAGAUCGGUACUAUGAUCACGUGGAAGAUGAUGACAAAGCAGCAGCUCAAGACCCUAUCAACAAAAUCAUACAAAAAUUAGGCUCGAGAAUCAACUACCAACUGCUCGUCGAAACAGCUAAAGGUAUUGAUGGACAUCUGGAAGAGAGCGGCAAGGAGGGCGGCAUCCUUAUUUUCCUUCCUGGUGUUAUGGAGAUCAAUCGAACCGUCAAGGAACUCCAGACCGUCUCAUCUCUGCACGUCUUACCACUACAUGCGUCUCUCGAUACUCGAGACCAGAAGCGAGUCUUCGCCAAACCACCCCCCGGCAAGCGAAAGGUCGUGGUUGCAACUAACGUAGCCGAGACAUCAAUCACCAUUGACGAUAUUGUUGCCGUCAUCGACACAGGCAAAGUCAAGGAAACCAGCUACGACCCGCAGAACAAUAUGCGCAAGCUUGAAGAGAAUUGGGCAUCACGCGCAGCAUGUAAACAGCGCCGAGGACGUGCAGGUAGAGUCCAGGCUGGUAAUUGCUACAAGCUCUUUACGCGCAAAACCGAAGAGCAGCAUAUGGCGGAAAGACCAGAUCCUGAAAUUCGCCGUGUACCACUUGAGCAGCUUUGUUUGUCAGUUCGCGCCAUGGGAACUCGUGAUGUUGCUGGGUUCCUUGGAAGGACCCCGACCCCUCCUGAGUCCACAGCUGUAGAGGGGGCGAUCCAGAUUCUGCAGCGGAUGGGUGCUCUUGAUGGAGACGAGCUGACUGCACUUGGUCAACAACUAGCCAUGAUCCCCGCUGAUUUGCGUUGCGGCAAGCUCAUGGUGUUUGGUGCCAUUUUUGGAUGCUUGGAGGAAUCGAUCCUGAUCGCCGCAAUUCUUAGUACAAAGAGUCCUUUCCUUUCCCCGCCGGACAAGAGAGAUGCUGCCAGAGAAACACGGAAGAGAUUUUCGAAUGGUGAUGGCGACCUGUUGACGGACCUUCGCGCUGUGAAGGAGUGGAACUCAAUGGUCGAGGACAGGGUGCCUCAGCGACAAAUACGCAACUUCUGCGACGACAACUUUCUCUCGUAUCAGACUCUUUCUGAUAUAGCCACCACGAGAACGCAGUACUAUUCAGCCUUGACUGAGAUUGGUAUUGUUUCGCCUUCCGCCCUUUAUGACUCGCGCCGGUCAAGCCAUAGCACAGCGUCUACAUCUAUCGUGCGGGCGCUCACCGCGGCUGCUUUUACGCCUCAGAUCGCGCGCAUACAAUUGCCCGAUAAGAAGUUUGCUGCAUCAGUCACUGGUGCUGUAGAGAUUGACCCUGAAGCUAAGACUAUCAAGUAUUUCACGCAAGAGAACGGGAGAGUAUUCAUCCAUCCAAGCAGCAUGUUGUUUGACAGUCAAGGCUUCUCUGGUAAUGCGGCCUUCGUAUCCUACUUCAAUAUGAUGGCAACAAGCAAAAUAUUCAUCAGGGAUCUGACUCCUUUUAAUGCUUUCACACUGCUGUUGUUUUCUGGAGCCAUUGAGCUGGAUACUAUGGGCCGAGGACUUCUUGUUGAUGGAUGGCUACGACUUCGUGGAUGGGCUCGGAUUGGAGUUUUGGUCUCUAGGCUCAGGGGUAUGGUAGACAACAUCAUUGCACUAAAAGUCAACGAUCCGCAAGCCGAUGUACAAGAGAGCGAGGUUAUCAAGUUGGUAACGAAACUUAUCGAAUUAGAUGGUCUAGACGCAUAG